AAAGGGUAUAUAUAAAUAGAUAGAGAGAGAGAGAGAGCUCUUAAAGAUUUUGUUGUAGUGACAAGACAUUGUAUACAGAAAGAAGGAAGAGAAAAAGCUGUACAAUGGAAGGUUUAAGGUACCUGCUGUGCAACGAGGACAGAGAUUUUCUCAUCACAAACAAUGGAAACAAGGUGAAAGUUGACGAAUUGGAAGGAAAAUAUGUGGGUCUCUUCUUUUCUGCCCAUUGGUGCCCUCCAUGCAAAGCUUUCACCCCUUUUCUCUCAGAAAUCUACACAAAACUAUUGGAAAAAGAAAGAGACUUUGAGAUCGUAUUUGUAUCUGCAGAUGUGGAUGAGAAAUCAUUUGAGAAGUACCAUCAUGUCAUGCCAUGGCCUGCCCUGCCAUUCUCAGAUGUAAAUGCGAAGGAAAAGCUUCUGAAGGCUUUUAAUGUCACAGGCAUUCCUGCCCUUGUUGUGCUGGACAAAGAGGGUAAAACUUUGACCUCUGGAGGUGUUGAUAUCAUUAGGAAAUAUGGGGUUGAGGGGUACCCUUUUAGUGCAGAGAAGCUUGAUCGACUAAGGGCCAAGGAGGAGGCUGUCAGGGAUGCGCAGACUGUGGAAUCUCUUCUGGUAUCCGAUGAACGAGAUUUUGUGAUAUCUCAUGGGGAAAAGGUACCUAUAUCCAAGCUUGUGGGAAAAACCAUUGGUUUGUAUUUUUCAGCCAACUGGUGUGGUCCAUGUCACAAUUUCACUCCUCUGCUUGUAGACAUUUACAACGAGAUUAAGAGUAGAGGUGAGGAUUUUGAAAUAGUGUUUCUAUCAGCUGAUUUAGAGGAAGAAGCCUUUGAAGAGCAUUAUGGAAACAUGCCAUGGUUGGCUCUACCCUUUGGAGACAAAACUGAGAAGAAAUUGUCUCAAUACUAUCGGGUUCAAGAUAUACCUACUCUAAUCAUUUUAGGUCCAAAUGGGAAAACAGUGCAAACUGACACAGCCAGCCUUGUUCAAAGAUAUGGAACUCGAGUGUACCCAUUCACAGCAGAGAGACUAAAAGAAAUUGAAGGAGAAGAAGAAGCUAGACGACAAGAUCAAACCUUGGAAUCUCUCUUGGUCUCUGACACACGGGACUUUGUGAUAAAAAAUGGAGGUGAAAAGGUCCAAGUUUCUGAUCUUGUAGGCAAGACAAUAGCCCUGUAUUUUUCUGCCAAUUGGUGCUCUCCUUGUCAAGCCUUCACUCCAAAGCUGAUACAGGUAUACAAUGAGCUUAAGGAAAGAGGUGAAUCCUUUGAGAUUGUUUUUAUAUCAAAGGAUGAAGAUCAAGAGGCUUUUGAAGACCAUUUCUCAAUUAUGCCCUGGUUAGCUCUUCCAUUUAGAGAUAAGGUUGAAAAGGACCUCAGUCGCCAUUUCCAUACAGAAGGAAUACCAACCUUGAUUGUAAUUGGUCCAGAUGGAAAGACCAUGACAGAUGAUGCCAUAAGUGCUGUCUCUGUCUUUGGAGCGGAGGCUUAUCCUUUCACUACUCUGCAGAUUGAAAAGCUGCAAAAGGAGAUUGAAGAUUUGGCUGGCAAAUCAGCCAAGGAAAUUGAUUGCAGUCAGCAUAAGCACCCUCUUGUAUUGACUAGAAAGCAUGAAUUUAACUGUGAUGGAUGUGACGAGGAAGGCAGUCAAUGGUCAUAUUAUUGUGGCAAAUGUGAUUUCGAUCUUCAUCUGACUUGUGCUUUGAAGGAUCAGCAGCAGCUUGGGAGCAAUAGUAAACAACAGAAUGAAUAUGGAACUGCUAAUGACAACUGCAAGCCAGGAGGUGUCAUCUGUGAUGGAGAUUAUUGUUACAGAGGUUGAGCUUUAUGAUUAUCAAGGUGGCUUCUUUUGUUUGGUAAAUCAUACUGUCUGCGGAUAGAGCCUGCCCCAAGAUAAGAACCUGUUAUUAAUAACUUAUUAGACUUGGUAUGUCAUCAUGCCUUCAGAUCAAUGCCAUUCAUUUUCCAUGAAAAAUUCAAACCGCCUCAUAGUUGAAAUUCCACUGCCAUUAAAUCACUUUCCUAACUGUUACCAUAAGCUUUCAAUCUAGCAUAUUCGGUAUUUCAAUUCAGCUACUCUUGUCCACUCAUAUAUAUGAUUUCAGAAUUGGAAACAAGCAGAAUCCAUUUCAGAUCCAAUCUGAAAGUGUGUUCCUCAAAUGCUUGAUGUUCUCUGGUUGUUGUUGUAGUAGAGAAUGAUGGAUAAUUACUUUUACUUUUAUGAUUCAAGAAAGCUGUUCAUUUGCUCUGUGACAAACUUAAGUACAAUAUAGUUAUUAAUUUGACACAUGGAUUUCAUUUGAGCAAAUACAGCUUAGAUCAAAUGUCAUCUGCUUAUUAAGAGCAGGCCUCAGUUUGACACAGUUCAUCUGUAAUUAUAAUACCAACAUUAACUUGUUUAAAUAAAGUUACUCUUGAUCA